UCAAAAGAUGACUAAAGCCACAGUUCUUCUUGCUAUCUUUGCGAUCGUCCUCGUUUUUGGGAUGGUGAUGGCAGAGACGACGCAAGGACAAGAAAUGUGUCAUGAUAUUCUAAUGAAAGGUCAAAACUGUGUGGCUAGCACCUGUGCCACUCUCUGUAAGCAAAAAUGGAAUGGAAGUGGACUAUGCUUCCAAAACGGAUCAAUCAAGAGCUGCCUCUGCACCUUUCCUUGCAAAUCUUGA